UGACUGAGGAAGAGUCUGAAGGAGAGGGCGACACCUCUGCACCAUCGCGACUGAGAGUGACCCACGUUCACGAACUGGCGCCGGCGUGUCUGUGGAGAAGACGCCUCAUGUCCUAGAAGAGGUUGGACGUGAUUGGCGGAGGACUACAUUUCCCGGUAGACCAAGCGCACUAUAACAGCGCCUCCCUCCUCUCAGGUGGCGCCGGAGCAUUGUGGGAUUGGAUGAGUCUCAAGAUGGACAACCGGGAUGUUGCAGGAAAGGCUAACCGGUGGUUCGGGAUGGCACAGCCCAAGUCUGGAAAGAUGAAUAUGAACAUCCUCCACCAGGAAGAGCUCAUCGCUCAGAAGAAGCGGGAAAUCGAGGCCAGAAUGGAACAGAAGGCCAGGCAGAGUCACACAGCCAGUCCACAGCCCCCUCAUCCUGGGGAAAUUGCCAAUGCACAUAACUCCUGCAUCUCCAACAAGUUUGCCAAUGAUGGCAGCUUCCUGCAGCAGUUUCUGAAGUUGCAGAAGGCACAGACAAAUACAGAUCCAGCCCCCAGGCCUCCUCCUGGCAUGCCCACACCCAACACCUUAAAGAGACCCCUCCUGCUGACCAAGCGGACAGGCCUGGGGCUGGGCGGCUCAGUGGGCCCCGUGAAGAACUACUCACAUGCCAAGCAGCUGCCUGUCGCACACCGCCCGAGUGUCUUCCAGUCUCCUGAUGAUGACGACGAGGAGGAGGACUAUGAGCAGUGGCUGGAGAUCAAAGUUUCACCCCCAGAGGGAGCCGAGACUCGGAGAGUGAUAGAGAAGCUGGCCCGUUUUGUGGCGGAAGGAGGCCCAGAGCUAGAGAAAGUAGCUAUGGAGGACUACAAGGAUAACCCGGCCUUCACCUUUUUACAUGAUAAGAAUAGCAGGGAAUUCCUGUACUACAGAAAGAAGGUGGCUGAGAUCAGGAAGGAGGCCCAAAAGCCACAGGCAGCCACCCCGAAAGUUUCACCCCCAGAGGACGAAGAGGCCAAGAACCUUGCAGAAAAGUUGGCCAGGUUCAUAGCAGACGGGGGUCCUGAGGUGGAGACCAUCGCCCUCCAGAACAACCGUGAGAACCAGGCCUUCAGUUUUCUCUAUGAUCCCAACAGCCAAGGGUACAAAUACUACCGGCAAAAGCUGGAGGAGUUCCGGAAAGCCAAGGCGGGCUCCACAGGCUCCCUCCCUGCUCCCAACCCCAGCCUGCGGCGCAAGUCUGCCCCUGAAGCCUUGUCAGGAGCCGUACCCCCCAUCACUGCCUGCCCCACUCCAGUGGCCCCAGCGCCUGCUGUCAACCCCACUCCAUCCAUCCCCGGGAAGCCCACCACUACAGCCACUGCGAAGAGGAAGCGGAAGAGCCGGUGGGGCCCUGAAGAGGACAAAGUGGAGCUGCCACCUGCUGAACUGGCACAGAGGGACAUAGACGCCUCGCCUUCACCUCUGUCAGUUCAGGAUCUCAAAGGGCUCGGCUACGAGAAGGGGAAACCUGUGGGCCUGGUGGGUGUCACAGAGCUGUCUGACGCGCAGAAGAAGCAGCUGAAGGAGCAGCAGGAGAUGCAGCAGAUGUAUGACAUGAUUAUGCAGCACAAGCGCGCCAUGCAGGACAUGCAGCUGCUCUGGGAGAAGGCGCUGCAGCAACACCAGCAUGGUUAUGACAGUGAUGAGGAGGUGGACAGCGAGCUGGGCACCUGGGAACACCAGUUGCGGCGCAUGGAGAUGGACAAGACACGAGAGUGGGCGGAGCAGCUAACACAGAUGGGUCGGGGCAAGCACUUCAUCGGUGACUUCCUGCCCCCUGAUGAGCUGGAGAAGUUCAUGGAGACCUUCAAGGCCCUGAAGGAGGGCCGAGAGCCGGACUACUCAGAGUACAAGGAGUUCAAGCUGACCGUGGAGAACAUUGGCUAUCAGAUGCUCAUGAAGAUGGGCUGGAAGGAGGGCGAGGGGCUGGGCACCGAGGGCCAAGGCAUCAAGAACCCAGUGAACAAGGGUGCCACCACAGUAGAUGGAGCUGGCUUUGGCAUUGACCGGCCAGCUGAGCUCUCCAAGGAGGAUGAUGAGUAUGAGGCCUUCCGCAAGAGGAUGAUGCUGGCCUACCGUUUCCGGCCCAACCCCCUGAACAACCCCAGACGGCCCUACUACUGAAUAUUCUGGAAACAAACUCUACGUUCAGAUCGCCCAUCCUCAGACUGUGGAGUGUUCUGGCAUCCAUCUCUGCCCAUCCUGUUGUUACAACUGUGCUGUGUAUUAAAGUCCCAGUACUCACCUGCUCAGCAUUUUGUCCCUGCCAUUAUCAGAAACCCCUUUUGUCCCUCGUCCAGUCCCAGUGAGGCUCAUCAUUGACUUCACAGUGACUGGAGGCCAGCCAGCUGGUGCGGACUUUACCCCAGGCAGGCGAAAGGGGCCUCUGAACACUUCGUGAUAUGUGGAUGGGCUGGUGUGUCCUGGGCACAGCUGGGGU